GCAGACAAAAAUCCCUCCUCUUUUCGUCGUCGCAACUUUUGCUCGUCUCAUGUCCCCUUUGUGUGUGUGGCCUAAACCACCGGCCGACGAUGCAACACUGCAAGAUCGUUUGAUAAGCAAGAGACAAGAAUACCCAUUUCUCUUCCGAGUGCAACCCUCUGACUGGCACUCAUCCACACGCUUUGAUAGGGAUGGGAAUCUUCUUGCAAGCUUCUUUGAAACUGCGGCAGAGGCAGAAUAUGAUCGCCACAAUGGGGGCAUGGAAGAGGUGGACCUUGCUAUAUUGUGUAAACACAUGCACUGGGGUUGCAGGGAGCCGUCUCGUCUGAUAUCCUGUUCUGCCAGCCCUCGCUGGGCAUUCAGAGAGGGAAUGCGACGUAUCAUGGACGGGGGAUACCUGACAAACCUUGUCAUCAUCGAUGGGAUGAAAGUGCGGGAGGAUCGGAAUGCUUGCGAGCUCCUGGAGGAGUUGGCAGAAGAGGAGUGUGGGAACGAAGAAGGAUGCGGGGAUGAGUGGGAAUAUGAGGAAUACGGAGAUGACCCAGACAAGUUCAACAGGGAGAGGGUAGAGCACGAGAACAACCUGCCUUGGAACUACGAGAAUGCCCUGAAAUUUGGGAGCAUGGCAGAAGUUGUUCUUGUCUUUGGUAUCAUUCCCGCUGAUGCAAUCUUAGCAGUGGUUGACAUGACCAGUCCUGUGUUUUGCCACGCACUGGAUGCCCUCUAUCCACGGCUUAGCAGGACACGUUGUGCGGUAAGAAAAAGCUUUUCAGAUGCCUGGAAGCGGCAAGUCAAGUAUUGGCUGAAGCAGGCUGACGUGUCCGAGUUCGAACUCGGGGAAAGAGCCGCCAGGCUCGUUGUGGUCAUGCUUCACUCGACAUGCAUGGAACACCUGUCCCACAUCAAAGAGGUCCAGAAGGCCAAGGAGUACUGUGAUGCUGCAUAUGGUCGUAUGGUAUCCUUAUCCGGCCAGAUGCUCUUGGAAAUCUUCGACAUUUCAUCCGAACAUUUCUUCAUUGAUCAAGGAAUCCAAGCUAUUAUCACGAUGAAAAAGAUGGAACUGAUGAAUAGUUGGGAGUCCUCCCACUACGCGAUUACAUUGGGUAACUUGGUUGAAAGCACCAGAAGGAUGAGUGUAGCUGAUAAGUAGUGAACGAGUCAGUGAACAGUAUUCAACUCUUUGAUCUCGUGGCUAACCCUGACUUGUAUCCAUGUAGUGACCUCGCUUGUACGGUCUACAACGUUCGAAAUUGGAACUCCAAUAUUCUGGCCCGAUACAUGGAUUGAUGUUCUAAGACAUCGAUCGUUGUACCGAACAGAAUAGGAACGAAAUCUCGUCAUAUGCUGCUCCUUUUCUCGCUCUUAUGAAGGCUCCAUAUUGUACUCGCCUGCAUUACAAAGAAAUCCAUACUGAUAUCGAAAGACGGGUCAGGCAAGCGUGAGGGCAUUUAUGGACCAGCAAGUUGCCACACCAGCAAGCAGAGAUGUGAAGACCAUCGCGAUGACCUUUCGUCUGUCGCCGUGCAACGAGCUCAGGCCGACAUAAUAGACAUUAUAUAGAGUAAAUCAG